AUGAUCCUUAAUCUUAGUCAUGAACAACGUCAAGAUAAUCGUCAUGCAGAACUUAAUACUAAAAUGCACCCAUUCUAUAAAAAGUAUCGCCCAAAUCAAUCCAACUACAGCAGCCGAAUACUUCUCAAUCGAGAAGAUAUAUUCGCCAUGUCUGCAGGAGACGUAUUAAUGGUCUCCAAAUGCAAAGAAAUUUCAGAGCUGGGAAAACAGUUUUACUUUAUCCAACCAGGCACUCGUGAUCUGGUCAAAGCCAGUCCACGAGCAGAUUGUGGACAUUUACCAUUUGGUAUUUAUAAUGAUGGAAACAAUCAGUACAAAUCAGCAUCGGCACAAGAAAACUUCAUUUUCAAUUCUCCGCCUAUAUUUCAUUCAGAUUUGGCUAAAAUAUCAACUGAUUUAUAUCUUAUCAAAAAUCAUCUAAACUCUAUUAACAACAUGUAUGCCGGACCAUCGAAAUCAACAACGGAAGACAAAUCAAUGUCGAAUCAAUUGGGACACGAAUUAGCGGACACCGCAUUUUUAGAAUCCAACGCUGGAUUUCCUUUUCUUCUUCAUUUCUUCAGUCGCGAAAGGAGAAAAUCCUGGAAUCCUUCGAUUUACACGACCUAG